AUGACUCGCAAGCGCCGUAAUGGAGGAAGAUCAAAACACGGUCGUGGUCACGUCAAGCCUGUGCGUUGCACCAAUUGCGCUCGCUGCGUGCCCAAAGACAAGGCAAUCAAGAAAUUUGUUAUUCGUAAUAUUGUCGAAGCUGCCGCUGUCCGUGAUAUAACUGAUGCUAGUGUAUAUACAUCAUACCAAUUGCCGAAAUUAUACGCUAAAUUGCACUACUGCGUUUCUUGCGCCAUCCAUUCCAAAGUGGUCAGGAACAGAUCAAAGGCUGACCGUCGUAUCAGGACACCACCAAGCCGUAACUUCCCACGUGGGGAUAAUAAUCGCCAAGGAGGACAACCUCAAAGGAAAACGUAA